CGGACUUUUUGAUUUCACAUUUGUUCAGCGCUGCCCAAAAUGUUUACACUUAGCAACCAAAAUAAUUAAUUAUUCGGCGACGCUUGUUUUUGUUUAACCGCUUCCUUACUUUUGAUACACAUUGUUAAAUAUUGUAUAUAAACUCGUGUCAAGAGUCAAACUGAUGUCAUGUUAAUGAACUUACUCACGCGUUUGUCAAAAACUGUACAACUCCUUCAGUAUGAGCACCUCGGGUCCUCUAAAAAAGAAAAGCUACAUGGGUCAGCACCAGAUCAAGAAGAAAAGUUUCCAGGCUCCUGAUGAGACACCAGACGGAGACAGACUGGUGCAGAAAACUCAUUACAUAUCAGGCAAAAUAAACAUUAGCAGAAACAGCCUCAUGGAUGGAGGGGCAGUGAAUCCACCGGGAGAAUCCACAUUAGCUUUUGAUGAAGAAAUGCUGCAGGUGUUGGAUGCUGCCGACCCUGUGAAGCCUGCAGCUAACAAUCUGUGUCCAACAACAGUAAACGGAGAUGCACGGGAAGAGGCAGCAUCAUCAGCUGUCUUUGCCCCCUCACAGGCUGACGGAGCACCUCAGCACACAGCCCUACGACCCCACAGAGCCCCCAGCGCCCAGGAGGGAGUCCAUGGGCAUAGUGGUGAUUGUAAGAGACCAGGAUGGAGAGCUGACUGCAAAGACCUUGCACAGAGGCUUCUCUUCAGCGAGGACUCUGAGGAAGCGGAGCAUGCUCAGAAGCGCCCAGAGAACAUCCAGCCACCCCCAGCUUCUGCCUGCAUCAAUGGGCUAUCCUGUAAAGAAAUAAAAAAUGAUCAGCAAGUAGGCAGCUCCACCAAUAGGCAACCGCUUACAUCCAGAAGAAAAAGCUCUCCUCGUAGCAAAGACAAAAGUGGGUCAAAUAUGAAUGCUGAUCCACCUGUGGAUGUAUCCAGGGACUACAUCUUGUUCAGCCCCACCCACCUCGCGGCUGCCAUGAAGAAGGCCAAACUCCAGCAGUCAUUACAGAAUCAGUCCGCCUCUGUGCUCACGGUCCCCAGUGGUUUAGACCUCACUACUCUCAGUGACACUUUACCUCAGCCAGGCAUUGCCUUGUGUGCUCCCGCGGGACAAGCCGAAAAGCUGCUGUUAUGCAGUUGGGGAUUACCAAAACCUGUCCUGGAGCGCUACAAGAAACAUGGAGUGACUCACAUGUUCGAAUGGCAGGCUCAAUGCCUCACUGUCGGACAGGUGCUGCAGGGAGGUAACCUGGUGUACUCUGCCCCCACCAGCGCUGGAAAAACUCUGGUGUCAGAGCUACUGAUGUUGAAGCGUGUGUUGGAGACGAAAAGAAAAGCUCUCUUCAUUCUGCCGUUUGUCUCCGUGGCCAAAGAGAAGAUGCACUACCUUCAGAGCGUUUUUGAAGAGGCAGGAGUUCGUGUGGAGGGAUAUAUGGGAAGCACCUCGGCUGCUGGAGGGUUCAAAGCACUGGAUGUAGCUGUUUGCACCAUAGAAAAAGCCAAUUCUCUUAUUAAUAGACUCAUUGAAGAGGACAAUUUGGGUCUACUAGGUAUGGUGGUGGUGGAUGAGUUGCAUAUGGUUGGAGAUUCUGGAAGAGGAUACCUACUAGAACUGCUCUUAACCAAAAUCCGCUUCAUUGCGCAGAAGCAGAACACCACUGGGUCUCUCUCUGAGGGUGUACAGAUCAUAGGUAUGAGCGCCACCUUGCCUAACCUCUCCCUCCUGGCUAGCUGGUUAGGUGCAGAGCUUUACCAGACAGACUACAGACCCGUACCCCUGCUGGAGCAUCUUAAAGUGGGACGCAACAUCUACGACAAGAGCCUCUCGGUGGUCCGGCAGUUCACUCCUGCAUUCCACAUUAAGGGCGAUGAUGACCACAUAGUGAGCUUGUGCUAUGAGACUGUGAGCGAGGGCCGCUCUGUGUUGCUGUUCUGCCCCUCGAAGAACUGGUGUGAGAAACUGGCAGACAGCAUCGCCAGAGAAUUCUACAACCUAAGACACACGGAUCGUCAGGGCGAAGCAGAGCCUCAGCCAGUGUGUCUGGAUCGGGAUGGACUAGUGGAUGUUGUCGCCCAGCUGAGACGAACUCCAGCUGGUUUAGACCCCGUCCUCCAGCGAACUGUGCCAUGGGGGGUGGCCUUCCACCACGCUGGUUUGACAUUUGAUGAGCGCGAUGUGUUGGAGGGAGCUUUUCGUCAGGGCGUGGUCAGAGUCCUGGCUGCCACCUCUACUCUCUCGUCGGGGGUUAAUCUCCCAGCUCGCAGGGUCAUCAUUCGAACCCCGACCUUCAAUGGACACUUGUUGGACCCGCUCACGUACAAACAGAUGGCUGGACGAGCAGGGAGAAAAGGAGUAGACACGUUAGGUGAGAGUGUGCUGGUGUGUAAGGAGGCAGAGCGUCAGAAAGGUAUUAGUCUCCUUACGGGUGCUCUUCAGCCAAUCAGCAGCUGCCUGGUGAGAAGAGAGGGAGAGGGCGUCACCACCAGCAUGCUGCGAGCCAUCCUAGAGAUCAUUGUCGGAGGUGUAGCCAGCACUCCACAGGAUGUGAGGUCAUAUGCUUUGUGCUCACUACUGGCUGCCAGCGUGAAAUGUGACGGCAAAAAAGAAUCAAACGAAGAGACUAACAAAGGAGCCAUUGAGGCCUGUGUUGAGUGGCUGAUGGAGAACGAAUUUAUCAGUAUCCAGAAGGACGGACAAGAGGAGCGUUACUGUCCGACUCAACUUGGUGCAGCCACCUUAUCAUCCUCCCUCUCCCCUCCCGAGGCUCUGGGAAUAUUUGCCGAUCUCCAGCGGGCCAUGAAGGGCUUUGUACUAGAAAAUGACUUGCACAUUCUGUAUCUGAUCACCCCGUUGUACGCCGAGUGGACUACCAUAGAUUGGUAUCAGUUCUUCUGUCUGUGGGAACAGCUCUCAUCCUCGAUGAAGAGAGUAGCGGAGCUGGUGGGCGUCCAGGAAGGUUUCCUCGCACGAUCCGUCAGUGGCAAACUCGUAGCCAAGACAGAAAAGCAGCGCAGGCAGAUGGCUAUUCAUAAACGAUUUUUCACCACCCUUGUGCUACAGGAUCUGGUGAAUGAGGUGCCUUUGGGAACACUGGCAUCCAAAUACAACUGCAAUCGUGGGCAGUUACAGUCUCUCCAGCAGUCUGCUUCUACAUAUGCAGGUAUGGUAACAGUGUUUUGCAAGCGUCUGGGCUGGCACAACAUGGAGCUGCUGUUGUCCCAGUACCAGACCCGGCUGAGCUUUGGAGUCCAGAGGGAGCUGGUCGACCUCGUCAGGGUUUCCCUCCUGAACGCAACACGAGCCAGAGCGCUGUAUGCACAAGGCCUCUGUACUGUCGCUCAACUAGCCAGGGCUACUGUGGCUGACGUGGAGAAAUCCUUGAGGAAUGCUGUCCCAUUUAAGAGCUCUAAGCGUGCAGUGGACGAGAGCGAGAUGGAGGCAGCCGAGAGACGGAGCCUCCGCUGCGUCUGGGUCUCUGGUGGUCGGGCCCUGACGGAGCAGGAGGCCGCUGUUGAGAUCGUGUCUGAGGCACGGCUCCUCCUCCGGGACGACCUGGCCCGGUUAGGAGUUGAGUGGGACCCGGCAACACUUCCUGUAAACAGCCCCGAUGACUCGGACACGUCAUCUGUCUCAAAUCUCAGCUCACAUGAAGCACAGGUGGACAACAAUAAAGAUCCCCAGGAAGGAAACGGGGUCAAGAAAAGUGGAAGCAGAGAUAUGGACAGACAUGGAGAGGAGAGUGAGGAAGGAAAGAAACGUGAGAAAGGGAUAUCUGAAAGGAAAAUGGAGAAAACAGGAGAAGCCAACAGAGAGCGAGGGAAGUCCAAGCCUGAAGACACGGUAGUGAACAGAAAACUGGAGGAGCACAGAGAGUUGGACAGGACAGAGCCAGAAACCAGACAAACGGGGAAUGAAGUGCAAAAAGAAAGAAGCAAAGAAAGAAAAAAUGGCGAGACAAAUAAAAAAGUAUUAAUGGCAAAUGCCACAGAAGAUCCAGAUGAAAAAAGAGAACGACUAAGGCAGACACGGUCAAAGCAAGGAGGGGAAGAGCUCAAGAAAGCAGAGACGGAAGAAGGGGAGACGAGUAAAGGGUUCGUCUCAAUUGGACCAGAGAGUCAUCGGGCAAAUCGUCCUGUUCCUGAAAGGAGCCUGACUCAGGAAUUAGCUGAAAUCGUAUCCAGCCCCCUGCUUCUACCUGUGCCACGUCCUCAGCCCUCUCCUUCCCCAAUGCCUCCUCCUCGCUUUAGGGCUCCAGUAUCCCGAGCAGAAGAACAGCACAGUGUUCAUCAAAGGGCAUCAGAAGGAGAUGGUGCCACACGGCUUGCUGCCUCACCGGUGCAUCCAGGUAGACUUAAGCACUCGAGAGCCUUAAGGAAAGUCCUCCACUCUAUACAAACUGACAAAGGCCUACAAGAUAAUGUAGAGACUGCACAGACAUCACACUCAAAACCCUCGGUGGUUUCUUCAGUCCAAAAUGCAGCACCUGCGGGACGGGUGCCUACAACAGUUCGAGCUCCUGAACCCUUGCAAGAAACCCCUCCCGGUGUUUCUGCACCGACAGAUGCAGAUAUGUUAGACUCUCCCUUCAUCGCCUCUCCUGCCUCUGUCCCCUUAUUCUCUCCUGAGGCCAAGCGAAGAAGGAUGGACGGUGGAGAGGUAGAUACGUUUUCAUCACCUGAGCUGUAUGCAGGAGACGCGAGAGAUGAAGAAGCUGAGGGAGAUGUUAAAAAAGGAGAAGAGAGUUUUGGUGACAGCUUUGAAUUGGACACUCAGACAGAGAGAAUGAUUGUUCAACAAGCAUGCCAACACAGAGAUGGGAAUGAUGGAGGUUCGGGUCAAUCGGUAGAAACAGAGAAGAUAGGAGAGGAGGAAAUGGUGGAAGCAGCUGUGGAGAUGAAUAAGGACAAAGAUGAGGGAAGUGACAGGCUUGAAGCUCCUGAUAAUGCACGUCCCAGAUUCAAUAUUUCUCUCACAGAUAGUCAGAUGGAGCUCAUUCUUAACACCAGCCACCAGGCGAGUGACCAGAAUCGUCCAUUGUUACAGAUUCUUCCUGGUCCAGGUGGUGAUAAUGCGGUUAAAGAUAAAGGUGGUGACGAGGAGGCCAAUCAGGCCGCCUCCGAGAGUUUUAACAGAAGCAGUAGCUUCCUGUUCGACAGCCUGUAUGACAGCUCUCUGCUGGCUGGUCUGAGCCCACACCAGAUCCUCGACCAAUCGGACAAGGAGGAGCCUCUUACAUCGACCCAGGAGCGAAGACGCAGUGAGCUUCUCGCCAAUCAGGAGGCGGAAAAGCAGGAGGCUGUCCAAUGGGGCGAGUCCUCCUUCAACCUGUCAGAGUGGGGCGACUCGCUGCUGGUGGGCGAACACUUUCUGGAGAGGCAGAGCUUGCUCAAACACACAGAGAGAACUCAAGAAGCCAGUCUUCAUAACGCUCAGCAACCAAACGCAGACAAUGUUCUGCCUGAGGAAAAGCUGUCAGAACCAGAACACACUACUACAACUACCAACGCAACUCAAAAUGAGCAUGGCAAAGAUAAAGCCAGCAAUAAUCAAGGCCAUACACACACAAUUGAAUGGCACAGUAAUGCACAAAAUGACAAAGAACCAGGCGGGAGACAGGAAACGAUGAUUGAAGUGGUUGAAAAUGGGAAGCAAGUAGAGACGAAAGUAAAGAAAGGGGAAAUUAAUGCUUUAUUGUCAGAUAAUGUGGAUUUAAAACACCCACAAGUCCAAAACGCACCUGAAAGCUCUUUUUAUUGCAGCCCUGGUUUGCAAGAGAUAUUUGACCGCUGGCCUAGUAUGUCUGACCAGCCCUGGCAAAACACUACAACAGGCCACACAGCCACUCAUACACUCAUGAAUGCUGCAAAUACAGCAGAAGUUCCAGAUCCACCUCAGCCCUCAAUACAGGGGGAGAGAAAAGGGGCAACGUCAAAUGCGCAGGCUGUUGGCGCUGAGAGUGAUUCUCGAGAGGAACAAACUUCAAGACAUGAUGGUGAGAAUUUAACGGAGGGACCAGGCUCUGCCGGUGAUCUCAUUCCUCCAACUCAGGAAACACCACCUGUCACGCCCAGAGUAAAACUGACGACCUCAUCUGUGCAUUCGCCUCUCAUCGCUCAGCCACUCAACCAGUCGACUCCCUCAACUCUCCUGCGACGGAAACAAGCGAUCACAAAAUGUCCUAAACCUCACCCAGGACACGGUGAUCAUCUAUCAGAAGCUGUUGCUGACACUAAACAGCCUAAUCCUACAUCGGAUCGCAACCACGAACGCCAGCGGGGACAAAAACCAAAGACUGUUCCACGCUCGAGUUCAGAAACGAAACUCCUGCUACACACCGACCAGAAUGUCAGCCCUGCCCGAGAGCGUGCUUCUCCGCCCUCUCCCCGGGCGAAGCUUCCCUCUGAUGCUGAAUCACCUGUGACUGAUGAAGGCUUCACUCUUCAGCUGUCCCAGGAUGCAUCAGUCUGUUCGAGCAACUCGGUGACCUUCUCCAUCAUAGACGUUGCAAGUGACAGGCGCCUCUUCGACACUUUCAUUAAGGAGUGGAAAACAAAGGAGCGGUACACUCUGGCUUUGGCCUGUGAAAAGAGGGAGCACAGACAGCAGCCUGAGGAGGAAAUAGGAGGGAAACAUAAGAGAACGUCAGCCGCUACUCAGAAGCUCCACAGGGCCGAUGGUUUUCCAGUAAGAGACAGUGAUGGAAUGGUGUUGAUUGGACUGUCUGUCUGCUGGGGAGCAAGAGAUGCAUACUACGUGUCUCUGCAGCAAGAGCAGAGCAAAGGUUUGAGCUCCAGUCUGGCCCCUCCUCCACUGGAUGAUGAUUUGCAAGUGAGUGAGAGGCUGCGGCAGGUGAAGACCUGUCUGAGCAGGCCACCGGCCGGUCAAAGUGGAGGCGUGGUUGUCACGUAUGACAUCAUCGAGGUGUACAAGAUGCUCGUCAUGAGCUGUGGCAUCAGCUUGGAGGGAAACUGCGAAGAUCCCAAGGUUGCGUGCUGGCUGGUGGACCCUGACGGCGAGCAGAGGACUCUUCCCAACAUGGUGACUGUCUACUGUCCUACAGACUUACCUCUGCUGGACGGACUUGGGAACCCGCAUGCCCACUGUCCUCGUGUCAGGGCAGCGACCAAGAGCGUGCUCGUACUCGCAGUCAUGAACCAUCUCACUGGCCUGCUAGAGAAAGACGGCAUGCUUGACCUAUUCAGAAGCAUUGAGAUGCCCUCCCAGGUGUCUUUGGCUCUGUUGGAGUUGAACGGAGUGGGCUUCAGCGUCGAAGAGUGUGAGAGACAAAAACAUGUGAUGCAAGCCAAACUCACAGCGUUGGAGACUCAGGCUUACAACCUGGCCGGACACAGCUUCUCCCUCACCAGCAUCGACGACGUAGCACAGCUGUUGUUUUUAGAGCUGCACCUUCCUCCAAACGGUGACGUGGGUGCAUCAAAAAGUAAGAAGACUCUUGGCUACACCAGGCGAGGUGGCGGCAGAGUACGACUCGGGAAGCAGUUCAGCACCACCAAGGAUGUUCUGGAGAAGCUUCGCCCCCUGCACCCACUGCCAGGUGUGAUUCUGGAGUGGAGGCGGAUCACUAACGCUUUGACAAAAGUGGUGUUCCCCCUGCAGAGGGAGAAGCAAUACCACAGCACACUGGACAUGGACAGAAUAUACCCCUUGGCCCAGACACACACAGCUACAGGUAGAGUGAGCUUCACUGAGCCCAACAUACAGAAUGUCCCCAAAGACUUUGAGAUUUCCAUGCCCACGAUGGUGGGGGAGAGCCCACCUUCACAAGACAGCAGCCACAUGACCACCAAAAGAGGAAAGAAGAGACGUUCAGCGGUGAUUUCGGCUGCAGCUGCCCGUGCAGAACAAGGCCCGGCCUUCUCCGUCAGCAUGAGACAUGCCUUUGUACCUUUUUCAGGUGGGAUGAUAUUGGCAGCUGAUUAUUCUCAGCUGGAGUUGAGAGUACUGGCUCACCUCUCCAAGGAUCAACGCCUUCUGCAGGUGCUGAAUGGAGGAACAGACGUGUUUCGCUGCAUCGCCGCCGAGUGGAAAAGCAUUGACCCGGAGUCUGUGAAUGACAACCUCAGGCAACAGGCGAAACAGAUUUGCUACGGCAUUAUCUAUGGGAUGGGAGCCAAGUCUUUGGGCGAGCAAAUGGGAGUGGAGGAGAAUGACGCCGCCUGCUACAUAGAGAGUUUCAAGGGCAGAUACAAAGGGAUCAAUGUUUUUCUUCGAGAAACUGUGAAGAACUGUAUAAAGAACGGCUAUGUUCAGACUCUGAUGGGCCGUAGGAGAUACCUACCUGGGAUCACUGACUCCAAUUCGCACAUCAAAGGACACGCAGAGCGUCAGGCGGUGAACACGACUGUUCAGGGUUCAGCAGCAGACAUUGUUAAACUCGCCACAGUGAACAUCCAGAAACGACUACGAAGAACAUAUCCUGCCGCUCCACUGUCUCACCAGCACACUCUCUCAGCCGGCAAUCACCGCAGGGUUGGGACGUCUCAACUCAGAGGAGCCUACUUUGUCCUGCAGCUGCAUGACGAGCUCAUCUAUGAAACCACAGAGGAAGACCUCAUACAGGUUGCUCAGAUAGUCAAGAGGGAGAUGGAGUCAGCAGUUAAACUGUACGUGAAGCUGAAGGCCAAAGUCAAGGUGGGACCCAGCUGGGGGAACUUGCAGGACCUCGAUAUAUAAUGUGAAUGUUUGAUACAUAACAUACAUACUGCCUAAGGUUCUGUAAUACAUGGUAAUACUACCAUUUGCAAGAAGAUGAAUAAUAUUUUUAGCAUUAAAUGAAUAAUGAAAUGCAAAGUAAUACAUGCAUAUGAUUGCAUAUCAGCUGUAAAUUAACUAUUGAAUGUAUUUAUAAUUCUAUCUACCAGUGUCACAAAUGAUUUGUAAAAAGUACUCAAUUUUAUUUACCGAUAUCCCAAUACUUGCCAUGAGAUUUUAUGCAAGAUGAUAUUCUAUGUAAUGUAAUAAUUUCUUUUUUUUCUCUCUACUUUGAAAUCCUGUGGCUGCAACUUAUUUUCAUUGAUAAAUGUGCCGAUUUAUUUAUUUUUAUGAAUUGUAUACUCAUAUGAAAUGUCAAAAUCUGCCCAUCAUACCUUCCCAGAGCCGUAAGGUGAUGUGUGUAAAUGUCUUGUUUCAAUCCACAAAAAGGCCCAAAUCCAAAAAUGACUUUACAAUGACGCAUUAUAAAGAAAAGCUGCAAAUCCUCUUGUGAGAAUGUUUUUGGCCUUUUUUCACAAUUCUUUCACAAAAAUGACAUGAUUUAGCAAUUAUCUUUCUAUAAACGACUCAUCGUUUAAGCCCUGCGGCGAUGCAUUUAAAAAAAAGACAAGGAGCAGCUUUAGUCUUGAGGACAUCCUGAAAUCUUACAUUUUAUUGGACCAUUGGUUGAGUUGUCUGUCACAGGAACCAUACAUCAUUGUCACAUGUUAACACUGUUUUGUUUACACUUAUGACAUUCACUGCACAAGAAGUGUCGUCAAUAUGAUCUGACAUUUUCCGUGCAAAGCAAAAUUCACCUCCUCUGG